AUGCCGCGCCGGUCGGGGUCAUCCAUUGGCAAAGUCCCUCCUGAGGAGGUGAGCCCAAACCUCUCCGACACAACGCCGUCGAUAUCAUCCGAGUCCAAGCCACAGCCUCAUACAACAGCGGCGGUCGUGGCAGCAGGAGCCUCCGCUGGACACUACGAGCCAAUCGCGGAGUAUGAAGGCCGACAUCGAUACGAUCCUACGGCGGAGUGGGAUCCCAAGGAGGAGCAGCGGCUGCUGGACUACCGUAUCUGUUCCUGGGUCUGCCUGAUGUUUUUCGCCCUCCAAUUGGACCGCGGAAAUAUUGGCCAGGCGCUUUCGGACAACAUGCUUCCCGAUCUUGGCCUAAACACCAACGACUACAACACGGGCAUGACCAUCUUCUUCGUGUGCUUUCUCGCAGCCGAACUCCCAUCUCAAAUGGUAUCGAAGAAGCUCGGCCCGGAUGUAUGGAUCCCCAUACAGAUGGUAUCAUGGAGCGCCGUGACGUGCUGCCAAGCCGCCAUGCGCAACCGCACGGGCUUCUUCGCCACUAGAGCGGUUCUUGGGGCGCUCGAGGGCGGCUUCAUCCCCGACGCGAUCUUGUAUCUCUCCUACUUUUACAAGAGCAAAGAGCUUCCCGUGCGUGUCAGCUGGUUCUACACCUCAUCUCACAUCACUCCCAUCAUUGCCGCCUUCAUCGCAUAUGGUGUCCUUCAUAUGAGGGGUAUUGGAAACUGGGGCGGAUGGCGCUGGCUCUUCAUCAUUGAAGGGAUCCUCACCGCCAUCAUCGGCGUGCUGUCGUGGUUCUAUCUGCCGCCUAGCCCAACGCAGACGGCGAGCUGGUUCCGUGGCAAAGACGGCUGGUUCUCAGAACGAGAGGAGGUGAUCAUGGUGAAUCGAAUCUUGCGCGAUGAUCCGGCCAAGGGCGGCAUGCAUAAUCGCCAGGGCCUAACCCUUCCGCUGCUCUGGCAGGCGCUUCUCGACUGGGACCUCUGGCCCAUCUAUCUGCUUGGAUUUACUCUCCUACAGCCCGUAACGCCAGUCGAGAGUUACAUGACUCUGAAUCUGCGGAAUCUUGGCUUUGACACCUUUCAGACUAACCUCCUCACCAUCCCCUCUUAUGUGCUCUUUUGCAUACAGCUCGUCUUCUGGACCUGGGUGUCGGAGCGCAUCAACAAUCGGUUCCUUAUCACCUUCUUCUACUCAGUCUGGGUGUUUCCCUUGAUCCUCGCCUUGAGGCUACUGCCCGAUGAUGCUAGUAGCUGGGCGAGAUACGCUCUCACGACGCUCAUUGUCGGCUACCCUUAUGUUCACUCUAUUCUCGUCAGCUUGACGUCGAGAAACGCUGGAACGGUGAGAACACGAACAGUGGGCAGCGCUGUGUACAACAUGACAGUGCAAGCCAGCAGUAUCAUCUCCUCAAACAUAUACCGCAAGGAUGAUGCUCCGUAUUACCGGAGGGGCAACACGGCACUUCUGGGCAUAAUUGCUUGGAAUGCUUUCGCCACGAUACUGAUCAAGUUCUACUACGUGUGGCGCAACAAGACGCGCGAGAAGAUCUGGAACGCCAUGACGGCCCAGGAAAAGGAUGACUACCUAGCCACGACCACCGAUGAAGGCAGCAAACGAUUGGACUUUCGAUUCGCGCACUAG